GAGAGAGAGACGCCAUUAGUGGCAACACAUUCCUCUCCCGGAGAAGCAAAACAGAAGAUUUCGAUGGUCUCACCGCAGCAAGCCGGGACUGGGACGCAGGGACUAGUCGGGACUGGGACUGGGACGGCGGGACUAGUCGGGACCGGGACGGAGGAACUAGUCGGGAUUGUUCCGGUGGAUGUUACGGAAGACUUUGAUGUGGCUGCUGCUCUCCGCGGUGUGUGGACGUGCUCCGCCUAGGCAGGUGAUACGAGGGGAAGAGGACCAGAACCGCCCAGGAUAGAACUGGAAAGUGGCUGAAGGAGAAUCUGAAGAUGAACGCGCCUCCGUGCCACUGAUGAGCAGGACUGGAAUGACAUCGUGACCUUUUUCCCUGGAAGCGAGUCAGCGAUGAGCGGGGGAGUAUAAUGGCCAAGAACAAGGAUGCACGCCCUCCGACAUUCGCCGUCAGCGUGGUUGGCCUCUCCGGGCCGGAGAAAGAGAAGGGAAACUGCGGCGUGGGAAAGUCCUGCCUGUGCAAUAGAUACCUACGCCCCGACGCUGACAACUACUACUCCGAGCACACCUCUGUGCUGAGCACAAUCGACUUUGGGGGGCGCGUGGUGAACAAUGACCACUUCCUAUACUGGGGAGAGGUUCCCUACAGAGGGGACGAAGGCCUGGAUUGUAAAAUCCAAGUCAUCGAGCAGACGGAGUUCAUCGACGACCAGACAUUUCAGCCACACCGGAUUACCAGCAUGCAGCCGUACAGCAAACGUGCGGCAGCGACCAAGCUGCAGUCCGCAGAGAAGCUCAUGUACAUCUGUACCGACCAGCUGGGCUUGGAGCAGGACUUUGAGCAGAAGCAAAUGCCCGAUGGGAAGCUGAACAUUGACGGCUUUGUGCUCUGCAUAGAUGUAAGCAAAGGCUGCAACAGAAGGUUCGACGACCAAAUGAAGUUUGUGAACAGCCUCUACUCCCAAAUUGUGAAGUCAAAGAAACCCGUUGUUGUCGCUGCCACAAAAUGUGACGAGUUUGUAGAGCAGCACCUGAGGGACCUUCAGACUUUUGUUGCCAGCAAAAAGAACUUACUCCUCGUUGAAACGUCGGCACGCGCCAACGUCAACGUGGAGCUCUGCUUCAACGCUCUCAUACAGCAGCUGGAUAAAACACGAGGCAAGCCGAAAACCGUGCCGUACUUGGACGCCUCUAAAGUCCAAAGGCAGCUGGUUGCCUCACUAACAGAGAGAUUUGAGAAACUAAUGGUGCAGAUGGUGAAAGACUACCACACCACAUGGAAAGGAGUGGUCAGUAACAUGAAGGGCAUUCCGGACUAUGAGGACUUCAUCACCUGGGAGGGCUCGAGAAAGGGCAGAAACAUGUUCACAAAGCACAUUGCACACCUGAAACAGGAGCACAUUAGGAGGAGGAGAGAGGAGUACCUCACAACGCUGCCCAAAACACUCAACAACCUCUUGAGUCGCUUAGAAGAGGUUGAGCACCUUACGUGGUCCGAGGCGCAGAGUGUAAUUCGGAACCGUUCGGAUUUCCAGUGCUGGUUCGUAGUACUGGAGCAAACGCCGUGGGACGAGACGGACCACGUUGACAACAGUGACCGAAGGAUACCCUUUGACCUCCUGAACACGCCCGACGGUGAGAGGAUCUACCAUAGCCAUGUCCAGCACCUGCUCUCUGAGAAGAGGAGGGGGGAGAUGAAGGAGAGAUUCAAGAAGACGCUGGAGAGGGUUCAUUUUAUCAGUGCAGGGCAGCCUUGGGAAGAGGUCAUGUGCUUUGUCAUGGAGGAUGAAGCCUAUAAGUACAUCACAGAAUCAGAUAGGAGGGAUGUUUACUGUAGACACCAGCAGGAAAUAGUUGAAAGGGCCAAAGAGGACUUUCAGGAAAUGCUUUUUGAGCACGCUGAGCUCUUCUACGACUUGGAUCUGAACGCCACUCCGAGCUUUGUCAAGAUGAGUGAAAUCCACAGCGUGUUAAAUGAGGAGCCCAGAUACAGAGCGCUGCAGAAACUUGCCCCAGAUAGAGAGUCCCUCCUCCUCAAACACAUUGGCUUUGUGUACCACCCUACGAAGGAGACAUGUCUGAGCGGGCAAAACUGCGUGGACCUGAAAGUGGAGCAGGUUUUAUCAAACAGACUGGUACAGCUCGACCACGGCCGCUCCAAUCUCUACUACAACAGUGCCAACAUAGAUAAGAUCAACCUCUGCCUCUUGGGAAGGGAGGGUCUCUCACAAGAACUAGCCAAUGAGAUUCGUGCUCAGUCCACAGACGACGAGUACACGCUUGACGGCAAAAUUUAUGAACUGGAGCUCCUCCCUGCGGAUGUCAACUCCACGCUGCUCUUCAGCCAUACCUGGGUCUCUACUUUCAAGCCACAUGGCUGCUUCUGUGUGUUCAACUCCAUAGAGUCCCUCAACUGUAUCGGGGAUUGCAUUGGCAGGAUCCGAGCAGAGAUUGCCCAGAGUAGAAGAGAGAGGUUUGCUCCUCCUUUACCUUUUAUCCUCAUCCUGGCCAACCAGAGGGACAGUGUUUGUAAAAACGUACCUAUCCUGCGGCACCAAGGCCAGCAGCUGGCAAACAAGCUUCAGUGCACCUUCGUAGACAUGCCCUCCGGGGCCUUUCCCAGGAAGUUUACAGAGUUCCAAAUCAAGCAGAGCCUCCGAGCAGUGCUGGAGGGGCUCAAGCAGAACUUUGAUGUCCUCGCCCCACUGCCCUCAAUCAAGGACAUGUCUGAGGUCGAUCUGCGAAUAGUCAUGUGCGCCAUGUGUUGGGACCCCUUUAGCGUAGACCUCAUUCUCUCGCCUUUCCUCGAGUCGCACUGCUGCAGCGCAGGGCAGCCGGGCCAGAGCAAUACGCUCAUGCUGGACAAGAUCGUUGGGGACAGCAGGAGGAGGAUUCAAGUCACCAUCCUCUCCUAUCACUCCGCCAUCGGCGUGCGCAAGGACGAGCUGGUGCACGGCUACAUCUUGGUGUACUCGGCCAAGCGCAAGGCGUCCAUGGCGACCCUCCGCGCGUUCUUGGCGGAGGUGCAGGACGUGAUCCCUGUCCAAAUGGUGGCCAUCACGGACAGCCAGGCGGACUUCUUUGAAAACGACUCCAUCAAGGAGUUGAUGACGGAAGGAGAGCACAUUGCCACAGAGAUCGCCGCCAAAUUCACAGCGUUUUACUCGCUGUCCCAGUACCACAGGCAGACCGAAGUUUUCACGCCCUUCUUCAACGAAGUGCUGGAGAAAAAGCCAAACAUCGAGAGUUCUUUUUUGUUUGAUAGCUCAUCAAGGGAGUGCACCACUGGCGCCAGUGAAGAGGUCUUCCAGACCUCACCCCAUAGCCAUUCCCCAGCCUACAACACCUAUUACCCAGAAUCUGAUGACGACAGCGAAGCCCCCCCACCUUAUAGUCCAAUCGGCGAUGACGUGCAGCUUCUUCCAACACCCAGUGAACGGGCCAAGUACCGCAUUGACCUGGAGGGCAAUGAGUAUCCAGUCCACAGCACACCCGUCGGCGAUCAAGAACGCAACCACAAAGUGCCUCCACCUGUCCGACCCAAACCGGCUCUCCCUAGGCCUAAUGUGAAAAAGUUGGACCCGAACCUGCUUAAAACCAUUGAAGCUGGAAUGCGAAGCAACCGCAGGGCGCCGCGUGGGACCAUGACGCACACCAACGAUAUGGAUCCUUCAGACAACUAUGCAGACCCUGUGGACACCCUGCUGAGGACCCCCGGCUUCAACAACGACGACAUAUACGCCGAGCCUGAGGACGCGCACGGCCGCCUGAUCAAAAUCAGAAACUCCUUCGUCCUCCACGGCGGAGGCGAGGACGAGAACGGAUACGACCGCAAGUCUCAGGCCGGACGACGGCCCUCCAAGUACCGACAUCGCUCCAAGAUCCUGUUCAGCAAAACCAAGGCUUACCAACGGCGCUUGCAAUCGGACAGCGACGGAGAGGAGACGGGCAUGGCCACGCAAAAGAAGAAGAAGGGACGGGCCCAUCGGGGCAGCGAGGAGGACCCCUUGCUGUCUCCUGCUGACCCUUGGAAGGGUGGCAUAGAUAACCCCGCCAUCACGUCUGACCCCGAGCAGGAAGACAAGAAAAUGAAGAAGAAAAAGACACCCAAGACGCCGAAGGAACCGAAAAAGGCCAAGUCUUCCAAGUCCCCCAAGCCGCUGUACCCCCCCACCAGAAGAACCUGGGAGAGCCACUACUUCGGCCUCCCGCUGCAGAGCGUGGUCAGCCCCGAGCAACCCAUACCGCUCUUCAUCGAGAAGUGUGUGGACUACAUCGAGCGCACAGGUCUGAGCACGGAAGGCUUGUACCGUGUUAGUGGCAACAAGACUGACCAGGACAACAUCCAGAAGCACUUUGACCAAGAUCGCAUGAUGGACCUGGAGGUGAUGGACGUUGCCAUCAACGCAGCAGCCGGAGCCCUCAAAGCUUUCUUCGCUGACCUGCCGGACCCUCUGAUCCCGUACUGUCUGCACCCGGAGCUGGUGGAGGCCGCAAAGAUUGUGGACUACACGGAGCGCCUGCAGGUCCUGAGGGACAUCGUGAAGAAGUUCCCCUCGGUCAACUACCAGGUCUUCAAGUACAUCAUCACACACCUGAACAGGGUGAGUCAGCACAGUAAAAGCACGCUAAUGACGGCGGACAACUUGUCCAUCUGCUUCUGGCCCACGCUGAUGAGACCCGACUUCGAGAACAAGGACACCCUGUCCACCACCAAGCUCAACCAGGCGGUCGUGGAGUCCUUCAUCGUGCAGAGCGACUACUUCUUCCACGGCGGUGACAUGGUCGACGGCCCCGCCGGCGGCGGCGGGGGCACCGGCACGCCGCCGCCGCGCUGCCACAACAUGGUGGAGGCGCUGCUGCCCCUGCAGCUGCCGCCCCCGCUCCAGCCCCAGCAGAUCCAGCACGCCAUGGCCCCCGAGCACAUCCUCUGAGCGGGGCCGUGGGCAAACCCCGCCGACGGCGCCGCCUCUCGCUUCCCAGACUCAAGAACUACAACUCGGAAGCUCUUUUCUUUCCAGCCACGCGAUUGGACGUCUGGCCGACUCCUCCCUUAGCCCCGCCCUGAGCUGAAACCACUUCCGUCUUCCUGCAGGUUCCUCACAUUUCACCUGUAACCUUCUUUGACCUCAGCCGAAGACUCCAACUCUUGUAGAUAGCCCCGCCCCCCGCCCCCGCCCCCCCAGGCCCCCACAAUGAAGAGCACAGUGUCAAUUUGUGUUUUUAUUCUUUUCUUUUUGAUAUAUUUCUAUGUUGUCUCAUUUCUUAACCUGUCCAGUGUGUGUUUGUUUCCACUCGCCUUCCGCCGAGAAGGUUUGGAUUUAGGAGGGAAAAACAUUGGAAAAAGUUCAGCCUCCGCCGCCGGCUGAUGCUUUUAUUUUGAAGGGACAAGCCCCUCUGCCUCAGCACAUGAGCGAUGUAACCACCAGGUGGCGUCUGCAUGGUUUUAGUGCCGCUUACUUCCUCCUCCUGAAUGUUUUUGUAGUCGAAAGCUUUUAUUUUGUUUUGUUUUGUUGCCACUAAAAAGAAGUUUAUAUAAGAAUCUAAAUAGAAGAAUUUAUCAGCAGGACAGGAAAAUCCCGACCGUCUUUGAACGCAGCACGCCGGGUUCUGGUGGCCGACACCCGGAGAUUUGUCAAAAAGUGGAACGUGACGAGACGGAGAACGCGGAAGUGGACGGAACAGGAAGUUGUUAGCAUGCUAACAAACUGCUAGCGACAUGAGGGAACGUAGCAAAGUGCAGUCGGGCGGCCAUUUUGUGCCAGUUGCCGCUCUCCAAGUCUCUUUGGAAACUUUUGCUGACAUUUUGGUUCAAAGGGACGACUUCUACUUCUUCUAGACUAAAAGUUGUUACUUCUACUUCUUCUAGACUAAAAGUUGUUACUUCUACUUCUUCUAGACUAAAAGUUGUUACUUCUACUUCUUCUAGACUAAAAGUUGCUACUUCUUCUAGACUAAAAGUGGUUACUUCUACUUCUUCUAGACUAAAAGUUGUUACUUCUACUUCUUCUAGACUAAAAGUUGCUACUUCUUCUAGACUAAAAGUGGUUACUUCUACUUCUUCUAGACUAAAAGUUGCUACUUCUUCUAGACUAAAAGUGGUUACUUGUACUUCUUCUAGACUAAAAGUGGUUACUUGUACUUCUUCUAGACUAAAAGUGGUUACUUCUACUUCUUCUAGACUAAAAGUGGUUACUUCUUCUAGACUAAAAGUGGUUACUUGUACUUCUUCUAGACUAAAAGUGGUUACUUGUACUUCUUCUAGACUAAAAGUGGUUACUUGUACUUCUUCUAGACUAAAAGUGGUUACUUGUACUUCUUCUAGACUAAAAGUGGUUAC